UGUUUCCCUGUACAAGGCGGAAUUAUUUUGCAGGGUGCAAGCUCUUCCUGCAGGAGCACGAUGGAUUCUCAGAGAGUGAUGGAUUAUCUGAUGGAAGUAGAAGUCGCUGCUGAGGAUGUGCUCGCUGACAGACAGCAGAUUGUGGACCUGGACGCGAGAAGAAACAGAAACCGAGAAGCUCUGAGUGCUCUGAGGAACUGCGCUUCUGAUAACGACAAAGUCAAGGUUUGCUUUGGGAACAUGUUCAUUAAAUUCCCCAAGGAGAGCACCAAAUCCAUGAUUCAGAAAGAUCAGGAGCAGCUGGAGCAGGAGAUAAACGACCUCCGGAAAGGUCUCAAAGCAAAAGUAAACCGGCUCAAUGAUUUACAGGGGAAGCCUGAACUGAGGGGAUACAACCUGUCUCCGCUGAGCGGCGAUGAACUCAAGGCUAUUAAUAGCAUCCUGAAGAGAUAACAUCAGCUUCAAUUUAACAUUAAAACGUGAGGAAGACGAGGGACGUGGGGUAGUUAAGAUCGUAUGAACAUGAUGACGAUGAUGAAGAUGAUGAUGUGUGAAAAUGCCUUACACACUGCAGUGAUGCACUGGAGAAUAUGCAAACUAGCAUUCCACAGCGUUGCUAAUCCUGCUGUUUCACACACCCUAUCUGUAAGAUCUGUUUUGUACUGUUUAGACUUGAGUGCAGAAGUUUGCACGCCCUUGCUGGGAAAUGAUGACCUCAACGAGACACUGACAUUUAUAGACAUUCUUUCAUUGUUUAAAAUAAAGAAAAAAAAAAGGGGGAAAUAUCUUCUAUGGUGUUUCUGACUGAGAUGAAAUGUGUUCUGCUGUUUGUUUUGGAUGUUCUUGCAAAUUCCUUCGGUAUAUUUUUCUCCCCCCAGUUAUUUUUCUUCCAGUCUUUGGCCGUGUCUUGCUGUGCGUGUUUCUGAGCGCGUUCUCCAGCUCUAUGAAAGGUCAAACUGCUUGAGUUUUAGGACUUGUACUGUAUGAGGGAUGCUCCACAUAACCUAAGACUAAUAAUAAACACGUGUGCUCGUUGA